ACACUAUAUGUAUGUAUGUAUUAGUAUCUGUGUUUAGUUGGCAUUUAAAAUAGUGUUUAAAAUAUAUUAUUUGUUGUGUUUUUUUAUAAUACAAGUAGUGAUAAAACUGUAAAAUUAAAAUAAAUUAAAUAUUUAACACUUUAAUUGUGUUGAGAAAUAAAAGUUAUUAUUUAAUUAACUAUUAAUGGCAUCAAACAUAUCGUUGUCGACAACUAUGAGGACAACAUUAAUGUUGCGCUACUGUUAUACUACUGGUAGUAGUGGCCGCCGAUUACCGACGGGUAUAGCGGCCAGUGUUGGCGGCAGUGGUGUUGRCGGUGGUGACCGACGGCGGCACUACUAUUCCUAUUGCAAUGAACCGACACACGCCAUACCCGACCGCAAACCUAAGUGGAUGUCCGCCGAAGAGGCCGUCAGUGUUGUCAAGUCAGGCGAUCACGUGUUCAUUCAUGGGGCGGCCGCUACGCCACGUGUACUGGUACCGGCACUGGCCGCUUACGGCAAAAAGGCCCAACUCCGGGACGUACGCGUACAUCAUAUACAUACGGAAGGUGCCGGUGAAUAUAAUGGACCCGAAUUUGCCGGUAUAUUYCGUUCAAACUCCUUGUUUACCGGUGCCAACUGUCGCCAAUCGAUAGCCGACGGUCGAUCGGAUUUUACCCCCAUAUUCCUGGGGGAUAUACCGAAAAUUUUCUACAAAGGCAUUGUCAAACCUGACGUAGCCCUCAUGCAGGUGACACCGGCCGAUAAACAUGGCUAUCAUUCGCUGGGAACGUCGGUAGACGUGGCCCGGGCAGCCCUACAGCAUAGCAAGUAUAUUGUCGGUCAAGUCAACCCCCUGUUGCCUCGGACUAGUGGUCACGCUAUUGUCCAUACAUCGCAUUUCGAUGCACUGGUCGAAGGAGAGCUACCCAUCCCGGAGCACAAAUCCAAAGGCUUGACUGAUGUUGAAAAACAAAUCGGUAAACUGAUUGCCGAAAAUCUGGUCGAAGACGGUGCUACAAUGCAAAUGGGUAUCGGUGCCAUACCCGAUGCCGUACUGCUUGACUGUACUCAGCACAAGGAUCUCGGGGUACAUUCGGAAAUGUUUUCCGACGGUGUGGUCGAUCUGUUUAAUUUAGGUGUUAUUACCAAUCGAUUCAAAAAACUACAAACCGGUCUGAUUACGGCCUCAUUCUGUAUCGGUAGCAACAAACUGUUCAAUUGGAUGGACGACAACCCUUACCUGACUAUGAUGGGCAUCGACUAUGUCAACAACGAGGCCAAUAUUGCCCAGAAUCCCAAAGUUACGGCUAUUAAUUCGUGUAUUGAAGUGGACAUUGUUGGCCAAGUUUGUUCCGACUCUAUUGGGACCAGGGUUUACUCAGGUUUCGGUGGACAGGUAGACUUUUUACGCGGUGCAGCCAACGGCCUGGACGGUAAAGGAAAGCCUAUACUGGCUAUGGGUUCCCUAACUAGUAAAGGCGAAUCGAAAAUCGUACCCAUACUGAAACCGGGUGCCGGCGUUGUCACCACACGGGCACACCUACACUAUUUGGUCACCGAGUUCGGUAUUGCCGAACUGUUUGGCCGUAACUAUAGACAGCGUGCCUACGCACUGAUCAAUAUAGCCCAUCCCAAACAUAGAGAAGCCCUGGAAAAGGCUGCCUACGAGCGAUUGAAAUGUAUGCCAUCACCCGAUUAGGACGUCCGUCUAUCUCUCUAUCUCUCACUCACCCACCCACCCAACCAACCAACCACUCACUCACUCGCUAUAUCACACAAUUACCUAAAAAAAAUUAUUAUUAUUAUUAUUUUUAAAACACUACAACAACAAAAUCAAUAGUUAGUUAGAAAUAUUUAAAAUACAAUUAAAAAUAUACAAAAUUAAAUUUUAUUUUUAAUUUUGUUUUUUUUGUUAAA